UACAAUUUUCUUAAAGACAAAAGAGAGAAAAUAGAAAUUCGGUCAGCAAAGAAUCAAUACUGCACUGCAGCGCCCACAAUGAGUCAGGAUGUGCGCAUUGUCAUGGUUGGUAAAACUGGAGUUGGAAAGAGCGCUACAGGAAACACCAUUCUUGGAAUGAAAGCUUUCAAUUCAGAAUCAAGAGCGACAUCCAUCACUAGACACUGCUCAGCUAAAUCACAAAUUAUAACAGGCAAGAAGGUUUAUGUUGUGGACACUCCUGGUCUGUAUGAUACAUACAUGUCCAAUGAAGAAGUCAUAAUGGAGGUUGUGAACUGCAUCAUACUUGCAGCUCCGGGUCCUCAUGUCUUUCUUCUCAUUAUUGCCAUUGGACGCUUCACUGAAGAGGAGAAGAACACUGUUAAACUGAUUCAGAAAGUCUUUGGAAGUGAUGCACACAAAUACAUGAUGGUUUUAUUCACCAGGGCUGAUGAUCUUGAAGAUAGGACUAUUGAAGAUUACAUAGAGGAGGCCACAGAGCUAAAAGAAGUGAUAAAUGCAUGUUUAGGAAGAUUCCACAUGUUGAACAACAGAGAUCAAUCAGAUCACACACAGGUCUGUGAGCUCAUGCGUAAAAUUGAAGUCAUGAUGAGAUGCAAUCACAACAGCUAUUACAACUACCACAUGUUUGCAGUGGCUAAUGAGCUCAACAAUACUAUGACUAGUGUGAAAGAAAAAGAGGAAAUAAUUGCUAAGCUAAGGAGUGAAAUAAUAGUACUGCAAAGAGAAACAAACAGGUCCUUUUGUAGAAUUUUGUAGAAAAAUUGAAGAAAAAACGAACCUUGAAGAAAUUGAUUGCUCUAUGGAUCUAUGGAUGUAUGCAUUUUCUUGUAGUCUGUAUUCCUUUAUUAAUGAGUAAAUUGUUAUGUUAGACCCUUUGUUUUCCUUGUGUAUAUAGUUGGUUAUGGUUUCUUGUUUUUAAUUU